AUGGGCGACACGAUCGACGCCCUGCAGCCGCUCCCGAUCACCUGGGACCCGACCUGCCUGCCCUCCACGUCCGAAAUCGACAUCUACCUCUACUCUCCCGGCUCUGACCUCCCGCGCAUACAUGUCUGGCAGCGCGUCGCCCUCUCCCGCGGCACCUACACUGCUGAGCUCAUGCCGCGCUGGUGGAACGCCACCGCAGAACAGAGCCUCCAGCUCACUGUCGUCCCUGCUGGCCAACCACCCUUCAUGAGCACCCUUCCCGGCGGGCCAAUUUUUACCGCCAAGUAUGACGCACCCACCGAUGGCCCUGUCCCAGCUGUUGCAGACACGACCCAGGUCGAUUCAGGCAUCACCCAGGUCAAUGACCACCUCGCGAAAUCCGGCGUUAGCCCGGGUGGCAAGGCUGCCGCCGUCAUUCUCCCCCUCCUCUUCAUCGCGCUUUGCGUUGCCGCAUAUAUCAAGAUGAAGCGCGCCCGCAACCGCGAAAAGCGCAAGCAGUGGACCGAGAAAGUCGACAAGCGCAUGUCGACCAUUUCCACCGACUGGAAGAGUGUCAGUGGUGCCGGUGCGAAUGCGGCGAUUCGCAAUUCGAUGGCCGUGGGCAACCGCAAUUCCAGCUUCUCCUUCGCCAUCCGCCCUUCUUCGACAUUCGCCACAGAAGGCGACGAGGCACACCCCCCGAACGUCCCAGGCAUUGGACUCGGUCACCAAGCCAAAGUCUCCAGUAUGUCACAGGUGCGCACAGGUACUGGUGUUGGUCUUAGGAACCCCGCUGGGCUCACCUCUACUACAUCCGUCGACCGCGUUUCUCGUGUAUCUUUCGCACCCGACACCCGCGUUUCCCGCGUUUCCUUCGCCGACUCAACUGCUCCCAGCGUUGGCCGUCCAUCAGGCGAGAGCACACGCAAGACGAGGGCGUUCCACAGCGCUUACAUUCCGCCCGUCCCAGCUCUGCCCGACAGCGAGAAGAAGGAUGAAGAGGAAGGAGACGGUUCUUUUUCACCAAGGCAGACCCAGGGUGCGUUGACGCUGACGCCAGAAGACAUCCGAUCGCGAAUUGCAGCUGGACGGGCGAGAGCUGCCAGCAAUGCUGCUCAACAGCAUGAGGAAAAGUCCAAUCUCGACGAGCUGAUGCCAGCACUCAGCAUGAUGCGCACCGGCAAUGACCCAUCCGCACCCGACACCCUCUUGUUCUCUUCCCCUGCUCCUGUUUCGCCCCCACCUCCAGCCUAUCCUAAAUCUGUCUCGGCCUCCCCUUCCUAUGUCUCCAUGUCACCGCAAAUGCAAGCUCAGGCCCUGUCAAGCCCGGUUAUGCACACCAUGCCCAUGCAACCUGUUCCCGCGAGUGUGAUGAGCCCCGAUGAAAUGCUUCGCGCGUAUGCGGAGCGCAAGAAAUCCGUCGCCAUGUCAUCUCCCUCUGGCCGUGCAUCUCCUAGCGCAAUGGCGCGCGCUCGUUCUCCUUCAAUCAAGGGUGUGCCAAUCAGUUACCCCAUGCCUGUUGCCGGAUCAGGUGCCAGCGCAACUCCCUCGAACAUGCGUGUGUUGUACGAAGCUGCCACCACGCCUUCCCCUCCCGCAUCCAUCCACCCAGCCGAUAACGCCUACGUGAACAGGAAUACUGCAUACACCACCGAAUCUCAAUAUGCCCCAUCCGAAUAUACCGCGGAAUCCCACGUCAUUCAACAUGGACAGCUGGGACACCAUGCAAAUGCAUCCAUUGGUGUUGGACGAUAUGGCGGUGCUCAAUAUGCUAUUGGGGAGGACGAGGACGAGGUUAGGGGUGUUGGAAGGGCAGCUUAA